UGUGGCAACCCGGGUGGCGUUGAGCAUUUGCCGGCAUGUUUUCGUUUCGUUCAUUGUCGAAUUGCAUGGUGGUCAAUAUCUCGACGCUUUCUCAUUUGUAAUGUUCGCAAAUUUAGAUUAAUGAGCUGCAAACCCGUUCUAUUUAUUUAAUUAAGUGUGCUAGUCGGUUUUUGUAAUAGUUUGCACCAUGGAGUCGUUUCCGUUUGAGCCUGUGGUGAGCCUGGAGGAAUGGGAGAUGGUUCCCAAGGAAAUCGGGAAAAAAAUCUCCAAAUUCGUCAAUGAAAAGUUCGAUGAGUUUAUCACUACGAAAGCGCUACUGGAAACAAAGAGCACCAAUUCAGACAAGAGUUCCACUGAACUCAAAGAGCAAAACGAUGUCAUUUCGAGUGAAAACGAGGCUCUUAAGGCCAGGUUGGAGGCGGCUGGGUCAUCUAUUACCGAACUAGAGAACCAAGUCUCAACCCUUUCUGCUGAACUCAUUCGACUGCAGACUCAGGCCAAUCAACUGGAAUCCGAAGCGGCCCAGUACCGCCAUGAGCGAAAUCUAGCAGUGGAUGAUCGUGAUGAACAACUCAAAAUGUUACAAAGACGCACUGGAGAAGCUGAGAUGCUUCAGUUGGAUAUUGAAACGUUGACCAAACAGCUUGAAGAUGCUAUCAAUACCAAAUGUGAAGCUUUGGCUAAAGCUGAAGAAGUUGAAUCUAUGAAAUUGACUUUGGAGUAUAAAGAGAAGCGCUUGGAGCAGGAAAGAUCUUUGAUGAAUAGUCAGAUCCAGAGUCUUACAGAGGAACUCGAGGAGAGAACUGAUGAACUUCUUAAUAUGAGGAGGGAUAACUCUUCACGAUGCAUUCAAUUGGAAGCAAAAUUAGCAGAGAGAACGCAAGAAUUGGGCGUAUUUACAGAACAAGUAAAAUCUUUGACAGAAAUGAACCAAACUUUAACGACAAGGAACGAGGAAUUAGCUCAGAAAAUAUUUAACCUAAACGAAACCCAUGCAAAAGUCAAUGAAUCGUAUGUUUGUGAAAUUGAAGGCAAAACUAAAAUGGCAAAUACGUACAAGUCAAUGCAUGAGGAAAGCCAGAAGCAUACAGAAGAACUAAGGAGUGGUCUGAGCGAGGUUCAAGAACUAUUGCGUAAAGCUACUGAACAAUACGGCGAACUUGAAACAAAAAGUAAAGAAACUGAUUUGGCCCACGAAGAGAUAAUUGGAAAGAAAAACGACUACAUUGCUAUGUUGAAAAAGGAACUUGAAACCGCCAAUGAAGUUAUUGAACUUAAUAAGAAUGAAUCUUUGAGUAGAGACAUCGAAGGUAUUUCAACUUCAGCAGCAUCAGUAUCUCGAAUGAUGAAGUCAGGAAUGACAUACACUGAAGUGUAUUCACGUUACGUAUCAGUUAAUGAACAGCUCACAAGCAAAGAGGAGGAGUGCACAAGACUUAAUAACUAUAUUACGUGUAUUGUUAAGGAAAUCGAGGAGAAAGGUCCGUUGAUUAAACAGCUGCGUCAAGAAUACAGUGAUACCCUUGAUGCAAACGAAGUUCUGAAACAGUCUAACGACUCUUUAUUAGCCGAACUUCAACAACUGCGCGAAGCGCAGACAUCUAACCGGAGAAUUGAGGGGCAAGCUGUUCGAGAAAAUCAAAGAAUGAAGAAAGAAAUAGCUGAUCUAUCACGACAAGUUAUCCAUUUACUACAAGAAGUGGAACAUUCAAGGAUUGGUUCAUCGUCCACUUCAACAGACAAUGACCUAAGUGAUAGCGUCAAUUCAGCUGAUAUUAUUACUAAACGGCUUGUGACAUUUAAUGACAUCGCCGAGUUGCAAUCUACUAACCAGAAGUUGCUGGCUUUAGUAAGAGAACUAUCAGAACACCAGCAAGAGGCAGAAUCCUUUGAUCCAGCUGCUAUAGCCAAUUUGCAACGAAAGCUAGAAGAAUUAAGAGAAUCACAGAGUGAGUUACUGGAUGAGCGGGACCAGCAGACAAAAAUGAUGUCAACCUUAAGAAACCAAAGGGACAUGUAUAAGAACUUAUAUUCACAAGUCAUGAAAGGGGCAGGAGAUAUGGCAACUCCACUUGAGAGAAGUUUAUCCGGUCAAGACAACGCAGACCAUUCCAAGGCUCAGUCAGAUUCUGAUUCAAGCCCUAAUGAUGAAGAAAAAUUACACGAAUUUGAAAUCCAAAUAAACAAGUAUAAAAAACAAGCUGAACAAAUGAAAGAAGAAUUCGAGACAUACAGAAAAGACAGAUCGGACCAUGAGAAAAUAUUAGUAGAGCAAUUAGAAUCUUUUAGAAAUGAGUCUAAAGAACUUAUGAAACUGAAUUUCCAGCUUGCAGCACAAUCGGAACUAGCCGAAGAAAAAUUCAAGACUCUUCAGAAUAAUGCUGAGAUUUACAAAAAACAAAUAACUGCUCUUGAGAAGCAAAAUAAAAUUUACAGUGAAGCCAUCGUCAAACAUGAACAAGCUGCUUCCUAUCUGAAAGAUGAAGCAAUUCAAAAUCAGACUAGAGCUUCGAAAGCUGAAGUAAUGCUUGCCAAUAUUCAAAAAGAAAAUGCUCUUCUGCGAGAUGCUGAGCGCAGGCUUCUUAAGGAGUGUGAUAUGCAAAAACAACAUGCUCAUCAACAGAACUUGUUACACAGUAAUAUUGAAUUAAUUAAAGUAACUUUGGAGAGAAAUGACGCUGAGAGUAAAUUAAGAUUGCAAGCUAAGCUCGACGAAGCUCACUUAGAAUGUUCAACUCUACGUCGGCGGUUAGAUGAAGAACUAAAUCGCUUUAGGGAGUUGUCAAGCCAUCUUGAGAAACAAGCUAAACAAGCUGUAGAAAGAAUGGAAGAAGAAAAGAUGGAAGCCGAUAAGCUUCGCAAAGAAAUUGCAGAAACCAGAGAAGAGUUGAUCAAUAAAACUAUGCACAUCGAAGAUUUAUCCAUGAAGCUGAAGAGUUCCGUGUUUGCUAUACCAGAUUCAAGUGUAGAGGGUCGAAAAUUAAGAGAUUUAGAGCAACAAUUCAGUGACGCCCAAGCCGAAAUCAACUCAUUGAGAACACUGCUAAAAUCAACCAAGGCCGCUUCUGAAGAAUACUUUAAUAUAGCUCAAAAUGCUGAGAAGCAACUAAAAGACGUUGUGAAUCAAGAACAACAAUACAAAGAUGAAAUUGAGAAACAAACACAAUUAAUUAAAGAAUUACAAGAAAAAUGUGGAGAAUUACAAGGUGAACUUUCUUUACAAUUGGAUGAUCAAGAUAUGGCAAAUUCUAAUAUUAAGACUAAGUCGCAACUACUUGAAAAAGAACUUAACGUAAAAAGUCUAGAUCUUCGCUCUGCUCAACAAACAUUAGAGAAUGCUCAAGCUGAUAUCAAAAACUUAAACGACCAAAUAAAGGCUGUUGAAAAUAAAUAUGCCAGAGAAGUUACGUUGCAUUCCGCAGAUUUGCAAGCUUUAACAGAACUGAAAUCUGAAUUGGAUGCAUCAAGGAAUCUGAUUAAAUCUAUUGAAUCUGAAAGAGAUCAGGCAGUAGAAGCUCUAAGUCAAAACUUGGCGAGUGCUCAACAACAGCAGAAAAUCUUAAACGAAGAGAAGGAGAAACUAGAAGAGCGUUUUAAAAAUAUGGAUGAUCAGAAUAGUUUGUUGCUUGAUCAAAUUCAACAACUCAAUACUCAAUUAACAAUUCUACAAUCUCGGGCGUCUGCAGAUAAUGUUAUGAAUCAAAGUAUCCAAAAUACCAGUCUUCCAUCUAGUGAAACUUCAUUUAAUCGAUCUCUUGCCGAAGAUGAUGUUCAUAAUUCCGAACAACUAUUGAAAAUUAUUAAAUACUUGCGACAUGAAAAGGAUAUUGCUGUGAGUAAAGCCGAUAUAAUAGAAGCUGAACAUUUUAGACUAAAAUCUCAGUUUGAGUCUGUUUCGCAACAGCUUGAAGGACUUAAAGCACAAAUUGAAUCCGAACGCCAACAGGUUGAAGUUACUAAUAUAUCCGCCGCUAAACAUGCUGAAGUAUUGCGCAAAUUGGAAACACUCAAUGCUAUUACUGAUAGCAAUAGAGCACUGAGGCAAGAACGCGACAAUCUCUUAGAGGACAUGGGAGCUUUACGAGUUAGGGCUGAUAUAUUGGAGGCAGAAGUAGCUCCGCUUCAAGAGAAAAACCGCGAUCUGAUGACCAAAUCAGAUCAGAUGCAAAAUGAGAAUAUAUCCCUCAGAGGAGAAUGUACUCGGUGGAGGCAACGAGCCAAUCAAUUAAUCGAGAAAACUAAUAGAACCAGCCCUGAAGAUUGGAAGAAAUUACAGACCGAACGCGAGACUCUUGCGAAACAAUUAACAGUUGAGCGUGGAAAUACCGCAAAAUUGAAUGAUGAAAAUAAUAACCUGAAACAAAAUGUCGGUAGACUAGAAGAGCAGCUCAGGGUGUUACGAGUUCAAAACAAUAAUCAAGCAGAUGAAAUGACUAGGCUUCGGGAGCAAGUUGCUGGACUUCAGAGCCAAGUAAGCCAAAUUACAGAAAGUCUUGAACAGCAGAAUCAAGCUAAUAAGAACUUAAUUGAGGAAAAUAGACAACUUACCGAAGGUAUCGCCACUAGGGAUGUGUCUGUUAGUGAACUAAGGAAUAAUUUGACCCAAGUGAAAAAAAUUGCGAAAAAGUACAAGACUCAGUAUGAAGAUCAAGUGAAAGACAUCGAGUCACUAAAGCAGCAAAACGAGCAAAGUCUGACUGAACAAAGUAUUAAUUCAGAUAAACAAACUCAAUUGCUUGAACAACAGAAAUCUGAACAUGAAGAGCGGGUUAAUCAGCUAGAAACUUCACACAAGGAAUCCGUAGACCAAUUGAGUCAACAGGUCACCAGCAGUCAAGACCAAAUCGAUUCCUUAAGAAAGGAAAUUGAUUCAUUGAAACAAACUAGCCAAGAGAAAGAAGAGAAGUUUAAGACCCUUUUCAAAAACGCCAAAGAUAGGAUUGUCUCUUUAACUGAGCAGAAUAGCAGUUUGAAAGAGCAACUCAGCAAAGAGAAGUCUGGAAGCGCAGGGGAUCAGUCGAAUGCCAAUAACAGCAACAGCGAAUUAUUGGAAAGGAUAAACAAUUUGCAGCAGGAAAAAGUUGAGUUGAUUGAAAAAUUACAACAGGAUAAGAUCGCCCAUACGACGGAGAUUGAUUCGAUGAAGCAAACGAUUAGUCAAUUGGAAAGAAAACUGGGCCAGCAACAGGGAUCUAAACCAAGCACAAGCUCAGCAUCCAGCGAUAAAUCUCCAGCAGAAAGACCGACAGCUGAUAUAAAACCCAUUCCUGGUCAUUCAACUAAUACCCAAACUCAAUCGGUGCCAAUUCAGCCAUGGAGGAAUGUUGGUGAACCACCAUUAGCAAGUAUUAGACCAAUGUCGCAGCAAUUGAGAACGGCAGCGGUUUUACCUACUACCCAAACCCCUAGCGCAGUAAUGGUUCCACCCCAACAACAGGUUCACACUACAGGAUCAUCUUCGAUCGAAGCUUUAUCUAGUAGCCCAACCUCUUCUCAUACAGAUUAUGUUCCGGCUACUAGUUCAGCUAGUUCUGCUAUUGUGGGACCCAGGCAAGUGGCUGUUCCACCCACCCAGUCGUCGGAGGACGAUGAUAAUGCCAUGCAGAUACAACCAGCGCCUCAGCAACAAACUUUAGCAGUGGUAUCUCCAAGAGUGGAACCACCAAGCAGUGGUGGUGCAACUCAAGAACAAGGCACAAGCUCAAGUAGUUCAAAUACAGUAACAACCACGCAAGCAGGACUUAAAAGGCAACGAGAACCAGACACUGAUAGUUGUCAGGCUGAAGAAAAGUCUCAAACCAAGCAGCAGAUUAAACGAACCAGACUACAACAGGCUGGAACCGUCAGCGACAGUGGAUUGGAUGUUGAGUACCAGGUUCCCACUAGUAGUCAACGCGAUCAGGAUGAUGAUAAUGUGAUCGUGGUAGAAAGUGACGAUGAAACUGCUCCUGAUGAAGGGGAGGGAGAUGAUCAGGAAGAGCCUGACGACACAGAGGCGUAUGAUAUGGAGGGCAUGGAACAAGACACUUAUGAAGAUGCUGAUUGCCAAGACGUGGAAGAUGAAGAGGAAGGUGGAAAUGAAGUAGGAAAUGAGGUGGAGGUAAUUGAAGAUUCCAGUGAGGUGCCAAAUCAAAGUGAAAGUCAGGAAGUUGCUGAAGGCGAUGCCUCUGAUCAACAAGCUCAGUCUGAAGCCAUAAGUAGUGGAACUGACGCUGCUGCAGGACCUUCAAGCUCCUUUUCUCGCGCAUCUACAUCAUCCACUCCUGGAACGACCUUUUCGCGUUCUCGUCUAGUUCCUCCUCUUCCUCAUCGACACCACAUGGGAGCUCCCCUAGCAGGUCUUUUGGAUGAGGGAGGAUUAGAUGAUGGAAUUGUACCUUCCACCCCAACGUUAUUUGCACCACGUCGUUCUGAUGGUUUCGGUGAAGCCGUGAGUUCGCCUCACGUGCCUUCCAGCGCAAUUGGACGAUUCACCUUCAACGAAUCCCAAAUGACCAGUACAGCAGGCUCGGGACAUGAAUCUCAAGUUCGUGGAACGAUCGAAUCGGUCGCCGAACAUAGUUUGGAGGUCCCUCAAGCUGAUGAUAAUAGUACUGGCCGCAGUGUACCCACAACUCCCUUACAAUCGUCGCCUCAAGAAUCAAUUCCUAACGUUGCAGACGACCAAAGUGAUAGACAUGCGAGUCAUAGUGAUGAUGAUAUGCCGCAACUAAUGUUAAGUCCAGACGAGGAAACUGGAGCUGACGGAGGUUCCGAAGAGGUGAUGGGACCUCCAGUUCAAGCUGGAACGUCAUCAGAAGAGAACCGUCAAGACGACGCAGAGGGAGAUGAUGGGGUGAGUUCUGAGGGUGAGAAGCAGCCCUCAACUGAGGAAGGCGAAGAGGAGGGACGUGAAGCCGAAGCCUCACCAAGUCCAAUUGAACCGAGAAGAACACUAAACAGGGGUGCCAGUAUGUCUGAUCGACGUCCUAUUAGACAAAAUCUUACAAGGGGAUCUAGAGUUUUACCGACUCCCAUAGUAUGGGGUGAUCAAAGAUCUUUGCCUCAGAGACAAAUGCACCAUGAACGAGGUAGGGGUGCUCAAGGCUAUGGCGGUAAUCGACGACCCAGAAGAAUGCAAAGGCCGUUUGGUGGAAGAUUUUAGAGAAAAACAUUACAUUUAGUAUUGCUUCAUUCCCAAAUUUGUUAUAAUUAUUGAAAGAUAGGAUAGUACUAUAGUUAUAAAUCCAUAAGUCACCAAUUUUUUAAAUUCGUUUCUUGUAUAUUAGACGGUCGAAUAAUUUUUAAGUAUAGAUCUAGUUUUCUGUUAUUAUAAUUUUCACUUAAGUUCAGUUGAGACUAAUUAAUAGUGUCGUGAAAAAUCCAAUAGAAAUCACAAAAAAGUC